CCGCUGCCGCCGCCGCCGCCGCCGCCGCUUCCUUCGAGCGGGGCCCAGGCCCAGCCGCCGCCACCGCCGUCGCCUCCGAGCUCCGCCGCCGCCGAGCACCAUGGGAGACGCCGGGAGCGAGCGUAGCAAAGCGCCCAGCCUGCCGCCUCGCUGUCCCUGCGGCUUCUGGGGGUCCAGCAAGACUAUGAAUCUCUGUUCCAAAUGCUUUGCUGAUUUUCAAAAGAAACAACCAGACGAUGAUUCUGCCCCAAGUACAAGUAACAGCCAAUCAGAUUUGUUUUCUGAAGAGACCACCAGUGACAACAGCAAUACCUCCAUAACCACGCCAACUCUUAGUCCCAGUCAGCAGUCACUUCCGACAGAACUGAAUGUAACUUCACCGAGUAAAGAGGAAUGUAUGGACACCCAAGUUGAUCCCUUCUUGGCUGUUGUGAAUAGUGCUGCAGGAACCAUGAAGAUGCAGGUUUCUCUUAAGCACAGUGGGCCAUGCACAGACACAGCUCAUGUCUCGUUAAUCACACCAACCAAAAGAUCCUGUGGUGCAGAUUCACAGUCUGAGAACGAGGCUUCACCUGUGAAACGGCCGAGACUACUAGAGAGCACUGAGCGACCUGAGGAGAGCGGCCGGUCGAAGCAGAAGAGUCGGCGUAGGUGCUUCCAGUGCCAGACCAAGCUGGAGCUGGUCCAGCAGGAACUGGGAUCCUGUCGCUGUGGUUACGUGUUCUGUAUGUUACACCGCCUCCCCGAGCAGCACGACUGUACAUUCGACCACAUGGGCCGUGGCCGCGAGGAAGCCAUCAUGAAAAUGGUGAAACUGGACCGGAAAGUGGGGCGCUCCUGCCAGCGCAUCGGGGAGGGGUGCUCCUGAAGGCCAGGCAGUGCUACCACACGACGCUGUUCUUAGUUCACUAAUGUUAGCCUUAUUUAGGACAAAGUCAGCCAGACACCUUGUACUGGGCACGCGUCAGACUACAGCCGGCCAUUUCCUGUCUUUAGCCAGCCAUCCUGGUACUGUAGUUUAGGGGUUGAUGGUGGAUGAAAUUGAUUUCUGGCUGGUUACUAAGGUGCCUGCUAGCCAUUGUAUAAAAUUAAAACAUGAAGAAUA